AUGUACGAUGAUUAUGAAAUUGACAAGGUAGUCUUUAUCGUCCACACGUCAUUCCUAGCCGUUAAAUUCUUGCUCGUUGAUACUGGUGCAAGGACCCUCUCGGAUAAACCUCCUAUUGAUGGAAAAGUAGUUGGAAUAGAUGGGUGUAAUGAACCUGAGCAUGCAUAUGCCUUCGUAUACAUAAAAGCUGACAACGAUUCAAAGAAGAUUGUGUUAGUAAAGUGCUUGCCUAUGGGGCGUACUUCCAAUAUUGAUGUAUUGGAUCUUAAUGAACAACAAAAGGAUACUUUGAAUCUCCAUAUCAACAUAAAGGAAUACAUGUCAAAUUUGGCAGACCAGAAUAACAAUUAUCCGAAGAUGUAUAAGAAUUUUAAGGCUCUUGUUGAUAAUCUGGGAGUUGGACUUCUAUCCAAGUUGGAGUCGCGUCGGGUGGUGGUUUUUUAUGGAAUUGUUAAAACAAACACUAAUAGAAGUGCACCAGCUGCUAACAGAUUUACAGAUUUUGUAUCAAAUGAUCUUUUUCCUGGGUUACCACCUAAACUACUCUAA